GUUCAAACCCCUUCUGGUGUGGCCCGUACACACCGAUUUGCAACUGAAACAGUUGAUCUCCCAGCACAAGAAGGAGAAAGAGUGACCGUUGCUGCAGCAGCUCCAUCAAAUGUUUAUAGAGAAAUAGGUCCUUUCAAAUUUAGUCGCAAGGCCCCAAAUUUCUAUCCCGGAGAGCCUAUCUGCUUGACAAACCAUAAAGAUGACAGGGAAUCGAAAUUAUUAAGAGCCCCAGCAAAAGAUGGAGGCUCAUUUUUAACUAACCCCUCCACUCUCCUUCCACUUGUUGCUGUGCUAGCCACUGGAGAUGCUGCCUCUGGAGUUAUAGAUCCCAGCCUUCCUCAACUCAUAACAGUUGCUGCAGUAGCGUCUCUUACUCUUGGAGCUACUCUGAACACAUUGGUUUUUCCCCAGUUGAGUAUGCUUCCUCAAAGGUCAGUAGAAACAAUAGCUAUCAAGCAGCAGCUUUUAUCUCAAUAUGACGUUCUCCAGACUCGUAUCAAAGGCCUAAAAGAUGCUGCUGAAAAGGAGGUAAGUUGUGACUGUGGUAUGAUCAAGGCAGUAAGGCAUUUACUUGCAAAAUCAUGA